AUGAUGGCCUCGAAAAUUUCGCCUCUGCCUUUGAGGCAGCUGGCAGGUCCUUUUGCUGUUCGAUCUGGAAUCAUUCGCAGCUUGGCUCAAGCAGCAUCGAGUGUCAGCACCAUCCGAACAAUCCGUAUUGGCAGCUCAGCAACACAACCCGAAAUCGCAAUCUCCGACAUCCUCGCCAACGCAGCUAAAGCACAUGGCCUUCGUGCACCUCUUCCCGACUCACUCUCCCGCAUCGUACGCUCGGAACCACCAGCUCGACGAUCAUGCUUCCGCACUUCACUCAGCUCCAAACGAGCCGUCUCUUCCUCUUCCACAAUCACCGCCUCCAACUCCUCCCCUACCCCCAACGACCCCAAGAAAACUUCGAAAUGGCCGCGUCGAACAACUCUCCUAAUCACCUCCUUCGCCACAGCCUACAUCAUCGAUGAAUACUUCAACGCCCGCACAGCCCAACGUAACCUCCUUACCGCCUACGCCGGCCUUCAAAUUGCUCUUGACUACAAACUCAAUUUCGACCGAAACUCGCUCGAAUCCAUCAACGCCCUUCACGAGCGAUGUGCAGAUAAACUCAUGUAUGUUUGCGAGAAGAACCAAGGUCUCUACAUUAAGUUGGGUCAAGCGAUUGGUUGCCAGGCUGCAAUCCUGCCAAAGCCUUAUCAUCAGUUGACGAAGCUGUUCGAUAAUGCGGAGAGGUUGCCUUAUGAGGAAGUAAGGAAGGUGCUCGUGGCGGAAUUGGGUGCGGACCCAAAAGAGGUUUUUGCGGAAUUUAACGAGCUUCCUGUUGCAGCAGCUAGUGUUGCGCAGGUUCAUAAGGCGAGGUUGAAGCCUGUAGAAGGAAGUCCUGAGGGAACAUUGGGGCAGGAGGUGGCGGUGAAAGUUCAAAGACCGAAUAUCAGGAAGUAUGCAAAAUGGGACCUCUGGUCUUUCCGCAUCCUGUUGAGGCUGUACGAGAGGAUUUUCGAGCUACCAUUGGCGUUCAGUGGGCAGUACAUUUCGGAUCAGAUCGAACAAGAAACUUUCUUCCAGCAAGAAUUGGCCAAUUCACUCCGAGCAAAACAGGCGAUCGAGACGGAUCCAGAAGCACUGGUUAGGAAAACUUGCUACGUGCCCAAAUUCCACAAGGAUCUAUGUACGCAAAGGGUAUUGGUGAUGGAAUGGAUCGGUAACACGUGUCGUAUGACAGAUAGAGAGAAGUUGGAAGAGUGGGGGUUGUCAGCAAAACAAGUUUCCAAGUCGGUUUGUGAAGCCUUUGCCAGUCAAAUUUUCCAGCAUGGUUUCGUACAGGCUGAUGGACACCCGAGUAAUGUUCUCGUAAGGAAGCAUCCGAAUGGGAAGAAGGGACAACAUCAGGUAGUGCUCAUUGAUCAUGGGUUGUAUGUUGAGCUUAGCGAGGAUUUCAGACGCAAAUACGCUCAACUAUGGAAGGCGAUCUUUACACUUGAUCUCAAGACUCUGGACGAGAUUACGGUUGGUUGGGGUAUGGGAGAAGGCUCUUCCGAACUCUUCGCCUCCGCUACGCUUUUACGACCAUGGAGCAAACCCAAAGAUAAGAAACAAGGUGGCGCUGAAGGUGCACAUGCUAAGAAGACCAACUUGGAACUGCAACGAGAAAUGAAGGAAAAACUCAAAAGCUUCCUAGUCCAUACCGAACUUCUUCCCAAAGAACUCCUAUUUGUGGGUCGAUCAAUGCGCAUUAUCCAAGCGAAUAACCAAGUCCUCGGUUCACCAGUCAAUCGACUCAACAUCCUCGCUAAACACGCAGCCGCUGCACUCAUCGCAAACACGGAAACCCCGAGCCUCUAUCGCGUCUUCAAGCCUAUUCGCAGCAAAGCAGUCAACUCGACGCUGGGUGGAAGGUUCUCAACAUGGAUUCAAGACAGAUUGGACUUUGUCAGGUUCCGUACGACUCUACUUGUGCUGGAUCUGGCAUUUGUUGGAAGUGGACUGUCUCAUUGGUUGAGGUAUUUGUUCAGAGCGCCGGUUUCAGCGUUGAUGGGGAAGAGCGAUCCAAAGAGAGGUGGGUUCGAGGAUGAUCUGGAACAGAGUAUGAGGCAGAUGGCAAGGGACGAAUUUGGCGUGGAGCUGGAUGAAGGUGCUUUCGUCGGUUGA